AUGAGUGAAGCCAGCAAACUGCGGGAGCAGAUCUCCGACAUUGCGCGAUCACUUUUCGACCGCGGCCUCACCAGCGGCGCCUCUGGCAAUAUCUCCGUCAGACUAAAAAACGGCUCGCUGCUGGUCACCCCAACCGGCAGCUCUUUUCGCGACCUUGACCCAGCAAGAAUUAGUGAAAUCGACGCUGGGGGAAAACUUGUAUCGGGAGAUGCACCCACCAAGGAAAUGGCGCUGCAUCAGGCUUUUUACGAUACCCGGUCGACCACUGGUGCGGUGGUGCAUCUGCAUUCCACCCACUGCGUCGCGCUUUCGGUGCUGCCCGAUAUCGAUCCUGAUAAUGUGCUGCCGGCGAUCACUGCUUACAGCGUGAUGCGCCUGGGAAAGUCAAACUACUACCCUAUUAUAUGCCUGGCGAUGCCGCAAUGGGCGAAGCAGUGA